GCCACCAUCUUUAGCGGCUGGAAUCCUGGCAGCGGUAGGUGGCUGCGGGAGGUAGGGAGGCAGGUGGGCCGGGUCGUACCUUCGGGGUCCCGGCCUUGCCGCCCACUCCUGUCCUGCUGCUGACCACCAUGCCGCAGUACCAGACGUGGGAGGAGUUCAGUCGCGCGGCGGAGAAGCUCUAUCUCUCGGACCCUAUGAAGGCCCGUGUGGUUCUCAAAUAUAGGCACUCUGAUGGGAGUUUGUGUAUUAAAGUAACAGAUGAUUUAGUUUGUUUGGUGUAUAGAACAGACCAAGCUCAAGAUGUAAAGAAGAUUGAGAAAUUCCACAGUCAACUAAUGAGGCUUAUGGUAGCCAAGGAAUCCCGCAGUGUUGCCAUGGAAACGGACUGAACGGUUUGAAAUGAAGACUGCCAUGUUCUUAGGAAAUAAAUAUCUUUUUGAAUUUGAGAAAGUGCUGGGACAGAAAAUACUUUAUGUAACUAAGUGAGCUAUUCAAAAGCCUAGAAAUAGCUUUUGGGAGGCCUUUUAAAAAAAUGUUUACUUUAGAGAGCUAAGAAUGUAAAUGCUUUCAGCAAGAAAACCUUUAUUUAUUUUUGGAACUAGAAUAAGAAAAGCAUGUAUCUUGGAAGCUUAUUGUUGAUUACUUAAUGUUGGGCAAAAUUAUAACUGUUUCUCUGGUAGAUUUGUAUUAGUAAUUUGAAAAUUGGGUAUCAGGAAAAGCCAGUUCUAUCUGUAUUAGAGAAUUUAAUUUUUUUUGGCUGAAUUAAUAUUUUUGAAAGCAAAAAAUUUAUACAGAUGAUGACCAACAAAUAUAAAACAGUUGACUGAAAUUAACCACACAACAGCUGCAUAUAGUGGUGUGACCUCUAUAAAAAUUAUGAAGACAAGUAUGCGUUAAACCUUUCAAAUUUAAACUAUAUUUUUUAAUAUGAGGGAUUUGUUGAGCAGACUUACUUGGAAUCAGUUUUCAGUCCUCAAAAACAGCUGUAGUCAUUUUAAAUGCAUGAAAAGAAUGAUUCGCUGAUGGACCGAAGACAAAAUAUUAUAGAAAUAUUUGCCAUAUAUGUCUUGUCUAUGGUGUCUCAGAAGGGCUCAGGAUCAUUUGAACUGUUUGACCUUUGCAUACCUCUGAUCCCUCCUUUCUGUACUUAACCCCGGGGUUAAGCAUGGCUGACAAUGUUAUGUUUUCCAUUAAACUAUAUUUUUCUCCCGUU